AUAAUGUGAGCAUGUAAAAAAUUUAGUUACAUUCGCAACGUUAUUCAGUGUAUUGGCAAGUGAACGAAGCGGCGAGAAUGGCUAAAUGUAUACAAUUUACUGUCAAUGGACAGAUAUGUAAAGUAAACGAAUGCAUCCCGCGCAACACGACGUUAAAUGCGUACCUGCGGUACUAUCGCUGCCUGCCGGGCACCAAAGCGAUGUGUCGUGAAGGUGGGUGCGGGGCGUGCAUCGUCACCGUGCGCGCUAAACGCUACCCCAGCAAGCAGACUGAGACCUUCUCUGUUAACUCUUGCUUGGUGCUGGUGUUCUCUUGCCACGGCUGGGAGAUCACGACCGUUGAGGGUCUCGGCAACCGGCGGGAUGGCUACGACGACAUCCAAACCCGGAUGGCAGCGUUCUACGCCACUCAGUGCGGCUACUGCACUCCUGGAUGGGUUAUGCAGUUGAACAGCAUCAAAGACAAGCACCUCACCAUGGCUGAGAUGGAAAAGAUGUUCGCGUCCAACACUUGCCGUUGUACUGGCUUCCGCCCACUCAUGGACACUGUCAAGUCCUUCGCAUGUGACGCUUCUCCCAAAUUCUGUCAUGUAGUCAACGAUAUAGAAGAUGUGACGGCUUGCACAAAAAAAUGUCAUAUAACUAGAAAGUCAUCCGUCAGAAGCGACUGCAGCGAUUGGAGUGUUAUCGAAAAGAUUCAAGAUGAGUCAAUGAUUUCCAUGGAUUUUGGGAAUUAUCAUUUCUAUAAAGUAUUUGAAAUAGACGAUAUAUUCAAAGUGUUUAAAGAGCGUGGAAUUCAUUCUUAUAUGCUAGUUGAUGGGAACACUGGAAAAGGUAUCCUGGAAAACUUCGAAUAUCCUGAAACUUUAAUAGACAUAAGUGAAGUCCAAUCACUAAAAUACUACAAAUUCGACCAGAAUUUGAUUCUUGGCGCUAACAUGUGUCUAGAAGCUUGUAUAGCGUUAUUCAAGAAAACUUCCAAGGAGAACUGCGACUUUUCUUACCUUGGACAAUUUGUGCCGCAUUUCGAAGUUAUCGCCCAUAUACCUGUUAGGAAUAUCGCGUCACUGGCUGGUAACUUGAUGUACAAGCGUGCCUACCCUCAUUAUCAAUCUGAUGUGUUUCUACUAUUUGAAUGUGUAGGCGCUGUCGUCAAUGUCCGUACCAACGACGGUUCAAUCGUCAGCUUAUCGCUGCCCCAGUUCCUGAACUUCGAUAUGCAAGGUUGCCUUCUGAUGAACAUAGAACUGCCGCCGUUGAGUGAAGGCUCCCAUAUUUUCAACAGCUAUAAAAUAAUGCCUAGAAGUCAAAACGCGCUUGCCAUAGUGAAUGCAGCAUUUCUUUUACGAGUAGACUCAAAGAACAAGAUCCAAGAUUCGAGCAUCGUAUUCGGGAACAUAGCACCAGACUUCGUGCACGCAAAGGAAACCGAAGUUUAUCUGAAAAAUAAGAAUUUAUUCUCCACUGCAACGCUACAAGAGGCAUUGAGGAUUCUGUCAAGUGAGUUGGAGCCAGAGGAAAAUCCACCGGAACCUUCUCCAGCCGCUAGGAAGAAGUUGGCUCUUGGACUGUUCUAUAAGUUCGUCCUUAACGCUGCUCCUACCUCCGUGGUACCUCCUACCUACCGUUCAGGAGGGGAACUGCUCACGCGUCCUGUCUCCCAAGGCAAGCAAGACUACCAGACUGACCCCUCUUUGUACCCUCUCAACGAGCCAGUCCAGAAGCUAGAGGCACUGAUCCAGAGUUCCGGAGAAGCAUUAUAUGCUAAUGAUAUACCGCCGCAACCCAAUGAAGUCUUUGGGGCAUUUGUACUGUCUACCACGCAUUGUGGAGAAGUGGAUAAAGUUCAUACUGACGAGAUAUUGGAAAUAGAGGGUGUGAUUGCUGUUAUAACAGCUAAUGAUAUUCCCGGCAAAAACUCAUUCAUCCUCCCAGGGCUACAGCUCGAGGUAGAAGACGAGGAAGUUCUCGCCACGAAGGUUAAGUACUACGGAGAACCUGUAGCAGUUGUUGUUGCUAACUCUGAAGAGUUGGCUCACUCUGUAGCUAAGAAAGUCCGGGUUACUUACAAAAACGUAAAGAACACAAAACCAGUUAUCACGAUAGAUGAAGCUAAGAAAGACAGUUCGAGAUACGCUAAUGGAGAAGGAAGGGUGACUCCAACAAGCCGUGGUGAUAAUGUUACUAAUAUAAUAAAAGGACGAUAUGAAAUCGCAGGGCAAUAUCAUUAUUAUAUGGAACCCAUGAGUUGUGUGGCGAAGCCUGUAGACCAGGUACUAGAGGUGUACGAUUCGACGCAAUGGAUGGAUCUAACGCAGAAUGCUAUUGCUAGAUGUUUGGGUAUACAAGAAAAUAAAGUACUGGUGAAAGUGAGUCGCAUUGGUGGCGGUUUCGGGGGUAAGAUCAGCCGCAACGGGAGAGUGGCGGCGGCGUGCGGCCUGGUCGCGUACAAUCUCAACCGCCCUUGUCGAUUCAUACUGCCGAUGCAGACCAACAUCACUAUCGCCGGUGGGAGAAUACCCACUUUGUGCGAGUAUGAGGUGGGAGUAGAUGAUAAUGGAAAGAUCCAAUACCUGGAGACCACGUUGGUGCAAGACUCGGGAUGUUCUAACAACGACAACGUAACAACGUACACGUCAUCCAGUUUCGCAAACUGCUACGAUCCUUCUACGUUCUCUGUAAAAACCGCCACUGUUCUUACUGAUCUGGCUUCUAAUACAUUUGCCAGAGCCCCAGGCACGUGUGAAGCCAUAGCUUCGGUGGAGCACAUAAUGAGUCACAUAGCCUUCACCCUCCAAAAAGACCCCUUGGAAGUACGAAAGAUCAACAUGAGAGCCGAUGACAACGAUCUACCAGACAUGAUAGAUACUUUGAAGCAAAGCUCUAACUACGAAGAGCGCCUUGCAGAAGUAAAACGGUUCAACGAAUCUAACAGAUGGAUGAAGAAAGCUAUCAACAUCAACGUCAUGAGUUUCCCCGUGAUAUACUAUGGUAAUUUUUCGGUUUACAUAUCGAUUUAUAGAGGAGAUGGUACUGUGACGAUUUCUACAGGCGGUGUAGAGAUGGGACAAGGAGCGAACACGAAAGUGGCUCAAGUCUGCGCCCGACAAUUGGGUAUACCGCUGAAAUAUGUUCAUGUGAUAUCGUGUCAUAGCUUCGUCGCUUCAAACAACGUGUUCUCCGGAUCAAGUAUUACGACGGAAAGCGUGUGCUACUCUACUAUUAAAGCGUGCGACAUUUUGAUGGAAAGAUUAGCUCCGAUCAGGGCUCGUAUGGGAAAUGUAUCUUGGCCAAGCAUUACAAUGGCGGCAGGUGAUGAACUAAUCGACCUGACUUGUUCAUACAUGAUGAAGGACUCUGAACGAGGCUUAGAAGGGUACAGUGCGUUUGCGGUUUCGUGUAUAGAAACGCAGUUGGAUGUGUUGACUGGCAAGUUCCAGUUGGUUCGGGUUGAUAUACUGGAGGACUGCGGUUUGAGCGUCAAUCCGGCGGUCGACAUAGGACAGGUGGAAGGUGCCUUCGUACAAGGUGUUGGAUAUUUCACCUGCGAGAAGCUAGUAUACGAUAAGAAUAAUGGGAAAUUGCUGACGAAUAGAUCUCUUACUUACCAUGUACCGCUGUGCCUAGAUAUACCGGUCACUUACAACGUCUCUCUGAGGCAUAACUCCAGGAAUUCUAAAGGAGUUUUGGGCGCCAAAACUUGCGGUGAGAUGGGAAUAUGUACCGCCCAUGGCGUUACUCUGGCUUUAAGGGACUGUAUUAUGGCCUCUAGGAAGGAGUCGGGACACGACCCCACUAAAUGGAUUAAUAUAGCUAUUCCAUAUGACACAGAAUCCAUACUGGAAGCCCUGGAUACCAAUAUAGAAGAAUUCGUGCUCGCAAAUUAGUGUUUAUGUAUGUAACUUUAGGUAAAAUAUGUGUAACUCAGUGCCAAAGUGUUUUAAAUGUUUGUUGUGAAUUCGUAAUAAGUUUUUAUUUAAUAAAUAUUUGCUUGGUUUUGA